CAAUGAGCCAGCAGCUCCACUUCCUGAUACACCUGUUUGUCAGGUAGGAGUACACCGCGGUCUGCUGGCGAAACGGAGACUCUGAGUCACGACGAAAGAGACUAUGAAAGGAAUUUUAUGGAAAGUUUGACGCAGCUUGGACUUGUUUUCUUUCGUCCUAUCGUCAUGCGAGUGAACUCGUUUUCACAUCUUAAAAUGCGUCGACCUCACCGGGGGAGCACCGCUCUGAACGUCGUGUUGCUGCUGUACCUGGUCACCUUUUUCGCUCCUUCCCUAGUUUCCUCAAUCACAGUGAGUACUCCAGCAGAGCUCCAUGCGUCUAAAGGGGAUACCGUCACAUUUUCCUGCACUUUCACUUCGAGCAGCAGUCCGACCAGUAAGAUGACUGUAGACUGGUCUUAUAGGCCUCAGAGUGGAGGUCCUCCACAGACAUUCUUCCACUUCUCAUCACGGGCAUUCCCUCCUCUUAACGGUCAAUUUUCUGGUCGCAUCCGGUGGCAGGGAAGCCCGGCACAGGGAGAAGCUUCCAUCUCUCUCAUCAACGCCACGUUGAAUGAUAAUGGGACCUAUACAUGCUCAGUCAGAAACCCUCCAGAUGUCCACGGGUCCCCGACUUCACACACUGUACUCACUGUCACACCAAAGGCACCCAGCAUUCGGUUCUCUGAUGUUGCGGUCCUCCUGGCUUUCAUCCUCCUCCCCUCCGGUAUCAUCACCCUCAUUCUGAUUGGACGGAUGCUCUGUCCCAAGAAACGGCGCAGCCAAUCGAAAACCUACAGAUCGCCCAUAGAGGUCACAGAGGGAGAGGAGUAUGGCAUCCACCCACCUGAGGACAAAGUAAAGAGGCCGUCAUGCUGUGAACUAUAUCUGAUGGACUCAGAGGAUGAAGAUGUGUAUUACGACCUAAAAAAGAGGCCUCAUAUGGAUGAAGGCUACGCCGAGUCUCAGUGCUAGAGAACCCUGCUGGCUGAGAGAUGUAACUGCAACGUCUAGACCUACUUUUGCCUCACAUGAGUGACGCACUGAAUGAAAAUGAAUGCUGGAUUUAUGUCUUCUUUGCCACAGUCAACCACUUCACCCAGUCACUUUGGUGAUGUUUACUUUUUGUGGUGACAGCUUUGGAUACUUUGGUAUUUUUGUCUUGAGACAGAAUUGUGUAUCUCCAGCAUUAUAUUUCCACUAUAAAAUGUGUCAAUGAUUUGAUUUACUUUUUUUGGCCUACAAGCUCUAAGGUUUCCAGACCAGCAGAGGUGUCAAGUCCCAAACUUUAGAGCUUGUAGUCUUGAUGAAAUUUGAUGUCUGUCUGUAGCAGCUGACACAGAUGAGCACUAUGUAUAUUUUUGUAUCUUGAUGAUUUAUACGCGUCACUUUUCUUAUUGUGAAGGAGAUAAAUACGUUUUGUCUAAUUUAUUGUGUGUGUCAGAUGGGCUAUAUGAAGUGCGCCAGUGUCUUUGUUGAGGUGGAGUGGAACAUUUCUGUUAUAUCCCGAAUAUUCAGACAGAAAAUAAAUGGUUUGAUUUCAAAAUGAGACGACUUGGUAGUAUUUAUACAGUAUAUUAAAUAUACAUUAUGUUUUCUAUUUUUCCAGUGUCUGUACGUUGUUGUACCAUGUGAUGAUUUCAACAUCAGCUGUAAAUCUGUGUCACCUUGCAACUCAUUUGGGGAUGUGUGAGGUUGGGUGUGGUCUCAUGGAUAUGGUUAUGUGAUAUAACAGGAUGGAGUUUUGGUUUUGGAUGCACAGCUUUGCUUUUUUUAAUGUUUAAUUUACACAUUUGCCCAAAUAAAUAGUUUAAGAGGCUUGUUAGAGGAUGGACAUGACUUUUUAAAAAGAUGCUCCCAGCGAGAUAAUAACGAUCAUUUGUUCAUUAAACUGGUGAAUCUUUGUGAGCAAACAGAGACGAUCUGUUGGUAAAGCCAGCUACCAUUUUCUCCUCUGCUCUGCCUUUGUUUGGUCUGUUGCACUAUUCAUGAACGUUGUUGAAUAUUCCUUUUAAAAACUCUAAGGACAGACUGGAGUCCCAGAGCUUCACUCAUAAUUUGUGGCAGCAUCUGUUUCAUCUGCGCAGUUGUGGGACUCGAGAGUCAUAAAAAGACCUAAUAAAAACCCAUCAAUGAAGCACACACUAAAACGAUAA